AUGUCCAAGCCAACUGAGAGCAAAUUGUGGGGUGGCAGAUUCACCGGAGCCACCGACCCAUUGAUGGACCUCUACAAUGCAUCCCUCCCUUAUGACAAGAUCAUGUACGACGCAGACUUGACGGGUACCAAGGUGUACACUCAAGGCUUGAACAAGCUCAAAUUGAUCACCGACGAGGAGUUGGAGAAGAUCCACGAGGGCUUGGAGGUUAUCAGACAGGAGUGGAAGGACGGAAAGUUUGAGGAAAAGGCCGGAGAUGAGGACAUCCACACCGCUAACGAGAGAAGAUUGGGUGAGAUUAUUGGCAAGCACAUCGCUGGUAAAGUCCACACUGGACGUUCCAGAAACGACCAGGUGGCUACCGACAUGAGAAUUUACGUUCGUGAGACGUUGAAGCAGUUGGUGGAGUACUUGGCUGGAUUCAUCAAGAGCAUCUUGAACAGAGCAGAGACCGAGAUUGACGUCUUGAUGCCUGGCUACACCCACUUGCAGAGAGCCCAGCCUAUCAGAUGGGCUCAUUGGUUGUCAUCUUACGCCACUUACUUCACUGAAGACUACAAGCGUUUGAAGCAAAUCUUGGAAAGACUCAACCAGUCGCCUUUGGGUGCUGGAGCUUUGGCUGGUCAUCCGUAUGGAAUCGACAGAGAAUUCCUUGCCGAGGGAUUGGGUUUCAACGGUGUCAUUGGUAACUCGUUGGCUGCUGUUUCCGACCGUGACUUUGUGGUGGAGACUUUGUUCUGGUCAUCGUUAUUCAUGAACCACAUCUCUAGAUUUUCGGAGGAUUUGAUUCUCUACUCUUCUGCUGAGUUUGGCUUUGUUCAAUUAGCCGACGCAUACUCGACUGGAUCUUCAUUGAUGCCACAGAAGAAGAACCCAGAUUCUCUUGAGCUUUUGAGAGGAAAGUCUGGUCGUGUUUUCGGCUCUAUGGCCGGAUUCAUGAUGUCGUUGAAGUCGAUUCCUUCCACUUACAACAAAGACAUGCAGGAGGACAAGGAGCCACUCUUCGAUGCCUUGACCACUGUUGAGCACUCAAUCUUGAUUGCUACGGGAGUGAUCUCCACCUUGGCCAUCAGAAAGGAGAAGAUGGAGGGUGCUUUGACUAUGGACAUGUUGGCCACUGAUUUGGCAGACUACUUGGUCAGAAAGGGAGUUCCAUUCAGAGAAACCCACCACAUUUCCGGAGAAUGUGUAAGAACUGCUGAGGAGUUGAAGUUGUCAGGUAUUGACCAGUUGACCUUCGAGCAGUUCCAGAAGAUCGACUCCAGAUUCGCCAGCGACGUUACCGAUGUGUUUGACUUUGAGGUUAGUGUGGAGAGAAGAACUGCCACAGGAGGAACGGCAAAGUCUGCGGUUUUGAAGCAGUUGAACAACUUGGCUUCUCAGCUUAUUUAG